AUGUACCCGACACAUAUUAGAGCCGCUGCGGCUGUCGGUCCACGACUGGACGAGGCUGCAGUGAGGCGUAUGUUCCCAUCUGAACAAAUCGCUUUGUGGCCCGAAGGUUAUCGCCCCGCCUGCGGUGUAGCGCACUUCAUACAGCCAGGCGGAGUGCAGGUGGCUGAUAUUAUCGAAUGCUACCGCGGUGUGCGGGAUAAUAGAGAAAAAGAAUUACAACGCGACUUCGCGGCGGAUUACACAAUGUGGUGUCGAGCCGCAUUGUGUGAGUUUAUCCGUCGUCUGCGAGAUCGUGAUAUACGGCGAAUGCGGCGAUUUACAGCACGUGAACGUACAAUACAUGAUUCUGAUGUACGGGAGCUCUUUGGUCUACCCCCAUACGCGCCACCACGGCCAGCAGCUACAUCAUCAUCACUAUCGACAACAACAACAGCAGAGACAACUUCAUCUGGGAAGCGUUACUACGAGUUUACACCGUAUGCGGCUAUGCAGGAGUAUGUGAUGAUGCCCAUCUCCCGCUGUACUAGUCCAAAUGAGCGUGUUCACUUUGCGACAUUUCCGCAAAUACGAAAUGUUAUGCAUACCGAAUUUGAUGGUAUGGGCCCUUUGCGUGCAAUGACGAUGUUGACUGGUGAUGAGUUACAACCAACAGCAGAGUUUUUGCAGAAUCUCGCCUUCUAUCUACGUCAUCGUGUGGGGGAAAUUAUCGAAGGCGAGGAGGCAUUCAAGCGCACUGCCAUCACUGCCGCGAUUGACGGUGGCAAUAUCAACAAUCCACUCCAGGGUGGCACGUCACCUUCGUUUUCCACCGAGACCCCAGUGGUUUGUUUUUUUGGAAAUGGUCGUUUGGCGUGGCUCUUGAAUAAUAGUGAGUUGUUGCCGUUUCCUGUCCUCCCCGUGCAGACGCCUGCACAAGCUGCGAGUCGUGAGCGACGGCAAAAGAGUCUGCUUGCACAACAUGGCCUCUUGCCGGACCUGGUGAGGGAUGGCGCUGUCGCAAAUAGCAUUAGUACUGUGUUCCCAUGCGAGACUAUGUCUGUUGCAGAUGCACUACGCAAGUAUCGUCCCUGUAUUGCCGUGGUAGAACCUCACGUUGAUCGUGAUUGGCUCUGUGACAUACGCGGGUUUUACUCUAUGCGUGAGGUCUUGACGCUUGGCCCAGUAGACUCACCAGCAAUGGGAUCAUUCACAUUCCCGUUCCUUAGUUUUGGCGUCACACCAGGGCCAACAACGUACUGGACCUAUAGUGACACACUACAGCGAGUGACGCAUGCAAGUAGAAUACAAAUGCCAAUGGAUCCACCACAUGUGGCGCAAGGUUACACUCGCCGUGAGCUCGAUACCAUAUCCGCCCAUAUGAUUUCUCCAAAUGAUUGUCAGGCGUUUGGUUCGCACCAUCGAUGUCUCUCCUUUGUACGCACCCUGUAUCCCGUCAUGAGUCGUCAGCCGAUGCACAGUACUGGUCCUACGUCGGGUGCCACUCCAACAUAG